CCACUGAGAUUCUAUUCUCUAUUACAAAAAAUGGCAGAUAAUCUACGACGAGCGGUCCAAGAUCUCGAUCUGGGUGUGGAAGACGAGCCUUUCGCCUUGCCCGCCGAUGUCCUGCAUCAAGCUGCUUACGAAAACCGUUUUGUUCUUUGGGGUCGUGCAACCAAUCCACGACGCCAAAACAUACGCUCCAUCAUCGCCAACAUGCCCAGAAUUUGGAGUCUUGAAGGUCUGAUCUUUGGGCGAAUCAUUGAAGGGAAUCGGUUCCAGUUCAUAUUCCCUUCUGAAGAAACAAUGGAGAAUGUUCUGAGAAGAGGCCCGUGGGCAUUUGUAGACAGAAUGAUUGUCCUCCAGCGCUGGGCACCUUUUGUGGAUGUUGCGAGUUUGGAUUUUAUCCCAUUUUGGAUUCAAAUUCGUGGAAUUCCAUUCCAGUUUGCCACACAAGAUGUAAUUGCUCACAUCGGACGUUCUUUCGGAAUGUUGAUGGAAGUAGAUUACAAUCAAGAAGCUGUAGCACGAAGAGAGUACGCACGAGUACGAGUCAACUGGGAUAUCACUCGCCCCCUGCGAUUCCAAAGACACUUCCAGUUCUCACAAGGAGUCAACACUCUGCUUCGCUUCCGUUACGAGAGACUAAGAGGGUUUUGCGAAGUAUGUGGUAUGUUGACUCACGACUCUGGCAAUUGUUUGAUUCAUAAUGGUGGUGGGGUGCUUGUUUCGGAUGAUGAUGAUGAUGAUGAUGAUGACGGUCCUGGAAAUGCACCACGAAGACACCAAGGUGUUCAAAAUGGAGGUGAUGUUGAUCAUUCUGAUGGCGAUGGUGACGAAGAGGAACCUCAUCAAGCCAAUGAACACAAUGGUGGUAUUCAGAUCCGGGAGAUCAAUGAUGAAGAAGUUGAAGCCAUUCUGCGUGAAGGUGCCCAAAACCAGAAUCUUCAAAAUGGAGAUCAUGAAGCUAUUGGUGAAGCAGGGUUUCUCAACGAUGAUUUUGAAGAGGAAUUGGGAAUGAGUUCUGAAGAUGAUCAAGAUAAUGGUGAUAAUGCAGGCCUUGUUUCAGAAAUUGCAGGUUCUGAAGACAAUAUUCAGAUGCCUGAGAGAAACUUGACUCCCCGCGGAGCUAUAACAUUGGAGCAGGACGUGGUUCAAGGAAACAUUGGUUCAGAACAUUCAAACCUUUCUGAUCUACAAACUGAGCACACCAUGACAUCUUACCUGGGGAAACGUAAGCACUCUGACUCUGAUGAUGAGAAGUUUGUUUACAAAAUGCAUUCUCGUGAGCAGGGUGAAAGUAGUGGUCAAAUGGAGGAAUCAUCUCCUCCCAAAGUGUUGAGAGGCGCGGUGGGCCCAGAACCACCUCUUCCACCAUGA